UUUGGGCUCAUUGCAGCACCUUCUUGUAAAGCAUUGAAGAGGAAAAAGACGAAAGAAUAGGCUUGCAGUUGAGUUUCGUCCGCAUCCUGGAUUGCGGCUGGAGCUUUUUUUCUUCUUUUCCUCCCCCUCUCGAGAAGAACUUGGCAUACACUUGGAAUUUUCAUAACAGAAAAUCAUAGAGAUUAUUCCAUAGUCACGAAUAUUCGAAGAGAGGAGUGUGUGUGUAAAAGAUCCAACGUUACGCUAUACGAGUAUACUCCAUUCUUGGCCGUGAAAGCCAACGAGCUUUAACGGGAAGUGUAGUAGCACGCGCAGCAAGGAAGUUUCGCAAAUGGCGCGGAAAUGAAGUCCUGCUAUAUAGAUAUAUAGUUAAAAGCUGCGACACGAAAUCUAUCUUCUCUCUCUCUCUCUCUCUCUCUCUCUCUCUCACACAUACACAUAAUAGCGAAAUCGAGAGAGGAAAAGAGCGAUUUGAUCAGCCGCGACAGCGUGAUCUUUAUGAAGGAUGGCGCGACGAAACUACGCCGUCAAGUGCUUGCUGUUGAGUUCAUUGGUGGCGACAGUGUUGGCUAAACAGAAGAAAUCGGAUGACUUGGCUGUGGACGAGACACGUUUCGACUUUGCAUCGAGCUACAGCUCAGCGGCGAAUCCUUUCAUAUCGCUACUCUACCCUCAUACGUCAGUCGAACAAUUACCUUCGUACCAGCUGCUCUACUCUCAAGCUGAUAGCAGCUUCGAACAGCCGCAGGCAGCAGCAGCAGCAGCAGCAGCACCACCACCACCACCACCACCACCACCACCACCACCGCCAUCAGCAAAAGGUACGUGUGGCAAAUAUCGCGGUCCAGCAUGCACCAGGUCACGUUACCGGACUUACGACGGCUCCUGCAACAACUUGCAAUUUCCGUCGUGGGGAAUGGCCAAUACCAAAUACGCACGUCUGUUACCCGCUUAUUACGCCGACAAUAUCCACGUGCCACCAGUAUCGCAAAGUGGUAACCCACUGCCGAAUGCCAGAGAAGUAAGCUUCAUGCUUUUCCCCGAUGUUGACAUCCAAGAUCCAUUGUGGACACUCGUGGCUAUGCAGUGGGGACAGAUCAUAACCCAUGACAUGGCUAUGAUUGACGGAACUACUCAGUCAAAGGCUCACGCGACGAUGUGUUGCUCGGAUCAGGGCCAAUUGAUUCAGUCAGCACUGAGCAGUCCACUAUGUUUCCCCAUCAUCAUUCCGCCAAACGAUCCAGUCUACUCGUACGAGCGGCAACAGUGUCGUAAUUUCGUGCGUAGUACAACUGAUCUUGAUCGUGGCUGCUCAUCUGGUUAUCAACCUGCUGAGCAGUUGACAGUUGUGUCUCACUUCUUGGAUCUGUCCAUCAUCUACGGCUCGGACGACAGGACGGCAGCCGGAUUACGCGCCGGCAUAGGUGGUCGAUUGGUCGUCGACGUGAGAAGCAAUCGGGAGUGGUUGCCAACUGCUCGCAACAAGAGUAUGGCUUGCGAUGUUUACGGACACACCGGCGACGUGUGCUACGCAGCUGGUGACGCCCGUGUUAAUCAGAACCCGCAACUGACAAUUCUCCACAUUCUGCUUCACCGUGAGCAUAACCGUUUGGCCAACGAAUUGUAUCGUCUGAAUCCUCACUGGAGCGACGAAACUAUCUUCCAAGAAGCCAGAAGGAUCAACAUUGCCCUUCAUCAACACAUCUCUUACUACGAGUGGCUACCGAUUUUCAUUGGUCUUGAAAAUUCAAUCAACCGCAAGAUCCUUUACAAAACUAGUGGUUGGAUUAACGAUUACGACCCCAACGUAGAUCCCAGCACUAUCAACGAGCAUUCCAACGCUGCUUUCCGUUACUUCCACUCCCUCAUCGCUGGCCGACUUUUAUUGGUCGACGAACAGCGUUACUCUUACUCGUACAACGCUCUGCGUUUGAGCGACCAUUUCAAUCGGCCUGGAGUAAUCGAAGAAGAUGGUAACUUGGACAAACUCACAAGAGGUAUGGCCUUCCAACCGCAGGAGGCUAGCGAUCAGUGGUUCGAUCGUGAGAUCACGAACUAUUUGUUCAGGAAUCAUCACAAACUUGGUGACGAUUUGCGCGCCAUCGACGUGCAACGUAACCGUGACCACGGUCUCAACACUUAUAACAAUUUCCGUGUAUGGGCUGGUCUACCCAAAGCUACCGAGUGGGCAGACUUCCAAGACCUUAUCUCGCCUGCGAACAUACAAAAGCUGGCCCAGCUCUACGAAACUCCGGAUGACGUGGAUCUGACAGUAGGUGCUUCUCUCGAGCGCCACGUACAAGGCACAUUGGCUGGUCCAACGUUUAUCGCAAUCAUGACCGAGCAAUUUUGGAGGUCGAGGGUUGGCGAUCGCUAUUGGUACGAGACUGGUGAUCCGGAAAUCGCUUUCACAAUCGAGCAACUCGCUGAGAUACGUAAGGCCAGUAUCGCCAGGUUAUUCUGUGACAAUGGCGACAACAUUCAGCUUAUGCAGAUGAGAGGUUUCGAGCAGGUUUCUGCAACAAAUCCGUUGGUAAGCUGCUCGCAAAUUCCGGCCAUUGACCUUUCACUCUGGAAGGAUAUUCAACAACCCGGAGCAAGUUGGGCGCAACCGUCGGCUCACUCGUUCCAAUGGUUCAAGAAGUAGGACAAUUUUUUUGAUCGCAAACGAACCUAAGAAAAUUCACAUAAUAUGUAUCGUCUAACUUAUGUCAUCCCUCUUUCACCAAUGUCAAAAAAAAAAUAUUUUGUAAUUAUUGUACAUUGAACGAGAUUUUAUGUUGAGUGUCUUAUUUACUUAGAUUUUCUUAUGUUAAAUAUGUACUCGAGCUUGCUCAGCGUUGAUUGAUUCCUAAAUAUCAAGCAGCACUCGGAGAGUACGCAUUGUAGAUAAAUAAUAUUAUUAUUAUAACAAGUUGAUCUUCUUUUAAAUUGUAUAACGAUUAGUAAUUUGUAUUAUUGAGUUUAGGCUGUUAAUCUAUUGUCAUUUUAAUCUUUAUUUUGUAAGAUAGUAAUAUGGUUAUA